CUAAGCAACCUAUUUUUUGACAAUAUUCAUAUAUAUAUUUUAUAGUACACCACAAUUCUUUCCUAACACAAAACAACACUACACACACUCUGGCUUCUGGCCUCUGCAUCUUCUUGAGAUAACCAAAAAAACAGUAAAACUAAAGUAUUCCUCUGUUGUUCUGUAUCCAAAUUCAGACAGAGAAACCAAAAACAUCUCUUCUUGGGUCUCUCAAAUGAAUCUCUCUUCAGUUUAUGCAUUGUUAGUCAACAAAAGCUGAUGCGGCAUAAAUUGUAGUUGUGAUUCCGUUGCAGAGACCUCCAAUAUUGUAGUUGUGGACCGCGAUUUAAAACUUGAUUCUCUUCUACUCACAUGCAUACACAUGUAAAUUGUAGUCAAUUUUUUUUACCUCUGAUGAUUUUAAAUUGCCGUCUGCAACUGCAACUGUGGUUGAAAUACAAAUGAUUUCGAAGUUUCUGCAUUAGUAUGACAAUUGCAACAUUUCUUCAAAGGAAGAGGGCUCAGUAAUCCAAACCCUAUAGCUAUAUUUCAACUUAUGAUUUUUAAGUUAAAUUCUUUGACUUCCAUUGAAUCCAAAAAACCAAUGAUUUUUUUCUUACAUAUUCAACAGGGGAAUGAUUGUGUGUAGUUAACAAAAAAAGAAGAAAAAGGCUUGUGACAUUGCAGAAUUGAAGUUUGAAGGAAAAUAAAUAUGUCUGGAAAGGGUUUGAAAUCUAUGAAAGAUGAAAAGCAAGAUUUGCAGAAGCAGAUUGGGUGUAUCACUGGAUUUUUUCAGCUCUUUGAUCGCCACCGUUUCAUCACAGGUCAACAAUCUAGCAGAUACAUUCAAAAUGCAUCUUCUUCAGGUGUAACCAACAAUUGUACCAAAGAGCUUAAUAGUACAAUACAGAAACCAAAGGCAAAGAAUCAAAAUAAUGCAAAAGAGAAGCAACAAUUUUCGACAGAGUCGUCUAUAACUUCUGUCUCUUCAUCUUGUUCAUCUAGCUUGUCAUCCAUUGAGUUCAAUGCAAUAAUUAAGACAAAAUCACCAUCAACCAAACCAAUCCAAAUUCCAAAAAAACCACAUUCAAGACAACAAUCACUUGAUUUCUGUGAUAUUGUCAAAGAUUCAAUGCAUAGAGAAGCUAAGGGAUUAUAUGUGAAUACAUUAACCAAAGAAGAAAAAAAUGGUCAAGCUUAUGCAUUGAAUCGACACAUAGACUCUCCAAGGCCUAUGCUAUCUCAAAACUUUGUCAAUGCAAGAGUUACGGCUUCAAAUGAACCAUUACAUACUCUUUCAAGGUCGAAAAAAUCACAUUGGGACUCGCCACGACUCUCUUAUGAUGCAUUGAAAUCCACCACAAGGAAUAAGGAACUUCCUAGGUUUUCCUUGGACAGCAAGCAAGGAUCCAUUAGAGGGAUCGAAGGAGGAAACAAGGCUCGCAAUCUGUUGAAUGGUGCACAAAGAGGGUAUGAGAGGAACUCGAGCGCAAUGCUUAAUAAACUGCAAGAACCAGAAACAUCAAGAAGAUCAACGAGUGUUGUAGCUAAGUUGAUGGGACUAGAAGUUCUCCCGGACUCAACACAAACUUGUCAGACUUCUAUCUGCUCCGUCGAUAAAAAGGAGCUCAUGGAAAGAACUAGCAUAAGUGGUGAAUCCAAGAAACACCAAAGUUCAGUGUCCCCAAGAAAUAGAAGGGGUGAUGAUUCAAUCACAAAUGUGAAACCUUGUUCGCAAUUUGCACUAGAACCAACUACUCCUUGGAGGCAACCUGAUGCAGGCCAAAGUUCUUUGUUACAAGAUUCUUCAAAGGGAAGUGAUUCUGAUAUAAAAGCAUCAAAGCCUUCCCUUUCUGUAUAUGGCGAAAUUGAGCAAAGGCUGACGGAACUCGAGUUCAAAAAGUCCGGAAAGGAUCUCAGAGCACUUAAACAUAUCCUUGAAGCAAUGCAGAGAUUUACUGAUUCAUCAUCUGACACUAGGAAUAAUAAUACUAGUGUAUGUGAAAAUUCAAAAGUUCAAAGUCCAAGAAUCCAACAAAAGGACUCUCGCUCGGAAACUACCACAGUUGAGCUGUCAAACUCGAUCAAGGGUAGCAAAUCACCAAUUGUCAUCGUGAAACCAACAAAAGUAACUAGAAAAGCCAAUAAUCCCGCUUCUACAGAAUUGUCAAUUAAUGAUAAAUCUUGUAUCAGCAAAUGUUCUUCAACAAAUGGAAGAUUGGUUGAUAAACAAAAAGUUAAAGGUAUUGUUUCCACAACAAAAAAUACCAAGGACCCUUUUGGUCAAAAUGUUCCUUCCAAAUUGAUGCAAUCAUCAAAAUCUUUCCAAGAAAGCAAUCAAAAAAACACCAUCAACUCUGGCAGCAUAACAGAAACUGAGAGUCCAAGACUACAGAAGAAGUUUGGAUUUGAGAGGCGUUCUCCGCCAACUAGUCCAUCAUCAGAUUCCACCAUUAACAGAAGACAGUAUAAUAGACAGCAGAAAUUCUCUAUUUUGCAGGACGGAGAUGAACAUUUUAGUGACAUGAGGAACUUUAAGCACCGUGUUAAUGUCAUUUUUGAAAAUUUUGAUAGUAACAGAAGCUUGGACGCUCGAAGUGACAUAGAAGUCAUUCGAAUCGAUCAAUCGGCAAAUAUCAAUCAAAAUAAUGCAUUUGAAGAGGUGAGUCAGGAAAGCUCUGAAGCUGAUAAAAUUGUCACUGCUGAACAGCCAAGUCCUGUAUCUGUUCUAGAUGCUGCAUUCUAUAAGGAAGAUCCACCAUCUCCGGUGAAAAAGCAAUCGAGCGUUUCAAAAUAUUUAGGUGAAGCUCUAAGCACUGAUGAUAGUGAGGAGAACACAGUGGCUCAAAUUCUGCAAGAAAUUGACCAGAUUGAUGAGGAACUCAUCGAUUUUGAUAACAUCAAGAAUCCUGAUCAUAAGUAUAUAUCAGAAAUACUCAUAGCAUCAGGUCUAGUCAGUGACCGAAACUCUAACCAGAUACUUCAUUCACAUGGCCACUUGAUUAAUCCAAAGUUAUUCUUUGCACUUGAACAAGUAAAGACAAAUAAGGUGCAUUUCAAUAUCAAAGAUGACGCCGAGAAAAUUCACAGGGCUUUUAGUUCUGAGAAAAUGCAAAGAAAACUCAUAUUUGAUGUUGUUACUGACAUGUUAGUUAACAAAUUGAUAUAUCAGACUUCUUCUAGAAAGCUAAAAGGGAAGCGGCUUUUCGAAGAGUUAUGUACAGAAAUAGACGAGUUACAACCUCCAAAUAUGAACGACAGCAAUGUUCAUGAGGAUGAGAAUUUGACAAGUCUAUUGUGCAGAGAUUUGAAAAAUAACAACACAAUUUGGACUAAUUGUGGCAGUGAGAAACCGAAUAUCGUGUUGGAUAUCGAACGGUCAAUCUUUAAAGAUUUGAUAACUGAAGUUUGUGACAGAUGAAGUAGAAAACUCUUUUGGUGGUAAUUGCAGGCAAAUGCUGUUUCUUAAGUAGGAAAUUUAGUUAAUGAGUUUUAGGGUGGAAAAAAAUAAUCAGUACUUGAUAUUUCAGAUUCUUUUUUUAAUGUACCUAUAGAUAUAGUUUGAAAGGGGUAAUAAUCUGCUUAAUUGACAGUUUCACCUUUGUUUUUCUUCAUGUAUUUAUAGUUUAUAUGCUCAUAAAUACAUGCAGAAAUACAGAUAAAUGUAUAUCAGUAUUGAUGAUUUUCACAUGGUUAAUGAAAUAUUGCAAUGACUUUAACAUAUUACAUGAAUGUAACACAUUAAUAUUAUUAUUGUUAUUAUUUUU